UUGAAAUAUCUUGAUUUCGAAUUACCUGAUUUUAGAGUUGGUAUCUGUAAUUUAGAAUUACAGUAUUACGGUAUUGCAACAGCAUGUUGUAAUAAUACAACUUUAAAGCCCAGAAUUUACAGUGUUGCAACUAACUAUAAAUUACGGAAAUGUCGCAAUAUUUACGAUGUUGCAACUAACC